GAAUCGGAACUGAUUCUAAACCGGGCGGGACGUAUUGGUAUAUUAAGAGAGGAUGAAAAAGAGGCUUUAACCAUCUGCCUAAAACAUAGAAAACACUUAACUACCGACUGGCCUGGCCGUAAGAAUUGCAUUUGCUGUUACCCGGCUCAUUAAGGGUUGAAAAAGCGACUUAAUCUUCCCAGGCGUGUUAAUGCAAAAAUGUCAGCAGAAAUAUUUGUUGAGUUCAAGGAGAUUGUUCCGAUCGGGGCAGGUGAGUGGAGACUUCUCUUUAUACAUUUAGUUAAUUCUCGCGUACUCACUUGCUGUUUAGGUUAUGGAACGUCUGAUACGUGCUGUUCAUUGGACUGUUCAUUCAUGUGCAAGUAAUUCAGUUUUUAGAGGCAUGUUAUAUUGAGCCAAAGUAAACAGCAUAAAACCAUGGAAUGGCGAUUCACUAUAAUAUUACACGAAUUACAAAACAUAUAUGCCAAUGGAAUAAAAAAACGCCGAUAGAAUAAAGCGAGAUUGAUAACGUUCACGCUUAUCAAAAACCAAUCUUAUCUAAAAGUUCUUUAAAGUUGCUAUUUGCGCGCUUGCCAUAGGGAGUCUGCGAUUUAUGCCUCAUAUAAAAAUUGGACUGGUGAGAGUAUUAUCAGUAAUAUGUAAAACUCUUCACACAAACCUUUCAGUAAUCAUGUAUAAUGUUAAUAUAAAAAUUAAAGCAAAAAAUACUGCUGGCAUAGCAAAAACAAUUGUAAUCUUCUUGCAUUGUUCAUUUCCACUAAAGUGUCUGGGAGGGAGUGGUACGGGUGUGGCACUUUGAAAUGAGUAGGCUGCGAUUCUAAUUGUUUUCUGUUGUUGAUUACUCUUGAUAGCAAUCUGCACAAGUUGUAGGCUGGAACACUAUAAAAAGCGCGAGAAAAGUGAUUUCGAUGUACAUUUGGAUGAAGGCAUGGAACAGGUCAGCUUAGUAGCAUUGUAUAAAGUCCAGUCGUGAACGAAAGCGAGGGUUGACUUACUAAUAACUUGAGUUUACUAGAAGUUUACAUUAUAUAGUUGGAACUGUCGAUGAAAUUAAAAUUGGGAAAAAAGUGUGAUAUUUGCAAUGCUAAAAACACGUGAACGAAGGGAUUUGAACCAAGCAUUCCCCGAAGACCGGUCUGAGUCCCUAAAUUCUAACCCAAAGGGGAUAAACAAGUCCAUGUUCGUAUAACGUUUGUUUUGACGAGUAAUCCUCGUCAAAAAUUUGACAUUACGGGAUUCGAACUCACGAUGACCCCAUCUUAAAGAUGCGUUGGUCUUACCAACUGAAGCAACUGAAAUAUUUUCUUCUAUUAUGGGCUGCAUGUUUUAUGCUAUAGUUUACGUUAUUUAUUUUCUGAGGAAUAAUAGACCAUUUCCGAGUUGCCUCGGGCCUCUGUAUCAAAACGAGAUUAAGUGCUCAGCCUUUAACAUGCAAAUAAUUUUUUAUUCUCAUGCUCAUGCAAAUAAAACUCAUUUUCACAAGAGAGGUUGUGCACUUGGCCUCAUUUUGAAAGUGAGCGUUUUGGAACUCGGUGGCAGCCUGUUUAAGUGGCGUUUAUGUAGUGAGGACUAGUUUGUGAAGAACAUGAGUUCGUUUACAUGAGUUAAGAUGUGAAAAAUAAAUAACGUUAUAAUCUGGGACUAAGCUCCGCGGUGGGAAAAAAAGGUAGAAAAACGAGUGGAAACAAGACGCCACCCUUUCCCCUUUUCAGACUACCGCUUGGUUCACUUCAUUCGCCGGUUAAUUUUCGCCCUUGCUGAUCUGAUAUUUCGUUUUUCGCCCCACUACGGAGCCUGGUCCCAGGCUAAUGACGUUAGUUAAUCCACUUCCCGGCUAGUUAGAUGUCAUCAACUAGUUUGCUGUGAUCUAAGAACUGACCAAUAAUGAAACUUUAGAAUAGGAGAAGAAGUGCUUUCAAUGUAACUACAUAUAAACGCCGUAUACUAAGGGCGAAGAUUGCCAAUUCGUGUCAAUGAAUUCAACUAUUCGACCAACGCUUGGCUGGUAAUCGUUAUUUAUCAUCUAUGUAUUUUUUUUUUUAUAGGAAGCUGGUGUGCAGUCUUCUUCAGGGCAAAGCUUUGUGACAACUCCAGGAGGAAAUGAGGAGGUAGAAUUAAUAGAAUGUGAAGCUACCAUGAGUGAAGAUGUUCAGCCACUUGACAAACACGCAGACGAGACUCUGUUGACGCAGGUCUCUCAAAUCAGUGUUCCUGAGGAAGAAGUAAGCAUUUGGUGCGACGAGAAGGAAAUCCAAAAUGAGAGACGACAGGCACUAAACGAUGCCCUGGGAAACCUGACAAGUGGACGCUUCAGUCCCAUCCUUUCUACUUUAAAUGCAUCAUGGGACGAUAUUUCAUCUACCCAGCAAAAGUACUAUAUUCGCAAGGCCAGGGAAGCUGUUGCAGCUACGCUGUCAGUCAUUAGCCCUGGGCAAGAAAAAAGGCCUGUGGAAAUGUAUCCAAAAUGA